AACGCAAUCAUUAUUUGACUUUUCAUCGUAUUGUAUAGUGGACGCAUUUUCUUUCCAAAUAUUAUUUUGUUUUCAUUUUAAUUUUAAGAUAGGUAGUUUCCCAAAUGAUUUUAUCAUAGUUGUAGUUUAAGGAUGACAAUGGAACGGCGGAUAAAAUUGAAAACACUCAACAGUCAUAUAACUUGCAAAAUUUGCCGUGGAUAUUUCAUAGACGCAACCACGGUCACAGAAUGUCUACAUACGUUCUGCAAAAGCUGUCUAGUUAAGCACUUGGAGGAGAACAACACAUGCCCGACAUGCACCAUCGUGAUCCACCAGUCCCACCCGCUGCAGUACAUCAGCUUCGACCGCACCAUGCAGGAUAUUGUCUACAAACUCGUGCCCGAUCUACAGGAUAACGAACUGAAACGCGAGCGUGACUUCUACCGCGCGCGCGGGCUGCCCUGCCCGAAGGACGCGGCGCUGGCCGGCGACAAGGCGGGCGGCGGCGACGACGCAGAACAGGCUGAUAAUACGGACUGCCAUCGGAAGGAUGAACAGGUGAACGUCUGCCUCGAGUGCAUCUCCACGUCGCUACGGACGCUCAAGCGCAGCUUCAUCCGCUGCUCGGCGCAGGCCACCAUCACGCACCUCAAGAAGUUUGUCGCUAAAAAAGUGCUCAAUGGAAUGGAGAAGUAUAGAGAGAUCGACAUCCUGUGCAACGACGAGCUGCUGGGCAAGGACCACACGCUCAAGUUCGUGUUCGUGACGCGCUGGCGCUUCCGCGACCCGCCGCUGCGGCUGCAGUACCGGCCCAAGAUCGACCUGUAGACUCAGUACCAAGAUCCACCUGUAGAUUACUUCAUGCAGAUCCAUCUGUA